AUGACCAGCACGGCGGAGCUGGGCUCUAGGAAACACCCAGAUCGAGUUAAACUGGAGCAGGAAGUGCGCCUCCACAAUCAACUCCAGCCGUUGACCGCGGUACAGAAGGUACCGCGUCCUAAAGACCGCAACCGCGGCCGCCUCCAGCCUCUCACGACUCGCAAACAGGUCACGAAUCCCGCCCCACAAAUCAGAACUGCCCGCCCGCCUUCGCCGCCGCGGGAGCAGCCCCCUGGGCGCGCGCGGCGCUGCCCCCGCAUCCCUGGCGACUCCUCGGGGAAGCCCGCCUGCGCUCCGGGGCCCGGGCGCCCCCGGCAGAGGUCCGACCUGGGCCCCCCGGGCGCCCUCUCCGAGGGGACUGCGCCCCCGCCCCAGCCACCCGGGCACACAGGGCCGCGCCAGCGCUGGCGUCACAACCUCCCGCCCGCAUCGCGCUUCCACUCGACCCGGCGGCGCAGAGGGGACGCGGCCCCGGCCCCCGCGGGGACGACGGGGAGCCGCGCGCACCGUCUGCUGCCUCCAUCAGGCGGAAGCGCAGUGAGACCGGCCGCCCGGCCCCUCCACGCGCAAUCACACACACACACACACGCACACACACUCGCACCGCGCACGCCAGGGGCCUGGGACCCUGUAUUCCACUUCUUGGCUUCUACAGGCGGGACUUGGGACCCCCAGGACACAAGAGGCGCUGUGCUCCCUGCGGCGGCCCCUCCAGGGCGCCCAGGACUUCGCGCCCCGAGCCGGGCGGACCAGGAUCCGCCGGAGCAGCCCCGGCCCCCGCCCGCGCCCAGCAGCUCGGCCCACCCGCGCGGGGGCGGCAUCCGCCCGGCGCACACGUGUGCGGAUUAUUAA